AUGUCCGUUGCUGCAAAGUACUACCCAAGCGAACCAGCUAGCCCAUCGGUUGUGACAACCAGUAUCCCAGGCCCCAAGUCCCAGGAGGAGCUUGCCAAGCUGGGCAAGGUGUUUGACGCCAGACCCGCAUACUUCAUGACUGACUACGAGAAGUCCGUGGGCAACUACAUUGUUGAUGCGGAUGGCAACACAUACCUGGACUUGUACGCUCAGAUCGCCUCUAUCGCGCUCGGCUACAACAACCCAGCCCUGAUCAAGGCUGCGCAGUCACCUGAAAUGGUGCGCGCGCUUGUGGACCGUCCUGCGCUGGGAAACUUCCCUUCUAAGGACCUAGCUCCAAUUUUAGAGAAGAUCUUGAAGUUUGCACCAAAGGGCCAAGACCACGUUUGGUCCGGUCUGUCGGGUGCCGACGCCAACGAGCUUGCUUUCAAGGCCGCCUUCAUCUACUACCGUUCUAAGCAGAGAGGCUACGACACUGAGUUCUCUACUGAGGAGAACCAAAGUGUCAUGAAGAACGCUGAGCCAGGCUCUCCACACCUAGCCGUCCUUUCUUUCAAGAAGGCUUUCCACGGUAGACUUUUCGCCUCCGGGUCUGUUACCUGCUCUAAGCCUAUCCACAAGUUAGACUUCCCUGCCUUCCAGUGGCCUCACGCCGAGUACCCAAGCUACAAGUUCCCUCUGACUGAGAACGAGGAAGCAAACCGUGCUGAGGACGACCGUUGUUUGAAGAUUGUCGAGGACCUGAUCACUUCUUGGUCUAUUCCUGUCGCUGCCUUGAUCAUCGAGCCAAUCCAAUCCGAAGGUGGCGACAACCACGCUUCCAAGUACUUCUUGCAGUCUUUGAGAGACUUGACUUUGAAGCACGGUGUGGUUUACAUCGUCGAUGAGGUUCAGACUGGUGUCGGAGCUACUGGUAAGUUCUGGUGCCACGAGUGGGCUGAUAUUCAGCCUCCUGUCGACUUGGUGACUUUCUCCAAAAAGUUCCAAAGUGCUGGCUACUUUUUCCAUGACCCUAAGUUCAUUCCUAACAAGCCAUACAGACAGUUCAACACCUGGUGUGGUGAACCUGCACGUAUGAUCAUUGCCGGCGCUAUUGGUCAAGAAAUUGUUGACAACAAACUGCUCGAACAGUGCAGCCGUGUCGGCGACUACUUAUUCUCCAAGCUCGAAGCUCUACAGUCCAAGUACCCCGAGAAGUUCCAGAGACUGAGAGGCCAGAACAGAGGUACCUUCAUUGCCUGGGAUCUGCCAUCUGCUGCCGAGAGAGAUGCAUUGCUCAAGAGCUUGAAACUUCACGGAUGCAAUGUUGGCGGGUGUGCUGAGCUCAGUGUCAGACUGAGACCAUCCUUGACUUUUGAGGAAAAGCACGCUGACAUCUUUGUUGACGCUCUGUCCAAGGCUGUUUCCGAGCUUUAG